AUGAUAUACAGAAGAACAGCUGCACAACUCUACAGGACAAGCUCCUACAGCUCUAAACAUAGCUUUGCAAGGCUCUUCUCUACCGAGAGUCCCUCGCUGCCAGUUCCACCUGCAUCGCCGACGUCUCACCACCAUGACCUGCAGUCAUUCCUCGACUAUGCAAAGAGGACAUCUCUCUCUACACAAAGCACAACCUAUGUAGGCACACUAUACGAAUACACAGUGCUACAGAGUCUACAGAAGCAUUUUAUCAACGCCACUCGCAUCGGCGGUCGUGCAGACUCCGGCAUCGAUCUCGUCGGGACUUGGUCUCUACCACCCUCAUCCUCAGCCCAUCCGCUACGGCUACUAGUACAAUGCAAGGCAGUCAAGGCGAAAGUUGGGCCAAAUCUGAUACGAGAGCUUGAAGGGACGUUCUCGGGGGCACCCGUUGGCUGGAGAGGCGAAGGCAUAUUGGGGAUGCUGGUUAGUACACGGGAGGCUACAAAGGGAGUCCGAGAUGCGCUCAUCAAGAGUCGAUACCCGUUGAUAUGGGUUCUAGCUGAUCUGGAUGGGCCUAUACGGCAGUUCUUAUGGAACAGGAGGGCUGCUGAGGUCGGGUUGGAAGGAUUGGGGGUUGAAGUCAGGCAUGGAGGCGAGGCGGAUCCCAUGAAGAAGACUGUUGUCUUCACAUGGAACGGAGAAGAAUUGGGAUAA